GGGUUUCUUAGUGAGGGAGCGGGGGGGUUUCUUAGUGAGGGAGUGGGGGGAUUUCUUAGUGAGGGAGGAGUGGGGGGAUUUCUUAGUGAGGGAGUGGGGGGAUUUCUUAGUGAGGGAGUGGGGGGAUUUCUUAGUGAGGGAGCGGGGGGGAUUUCUUACGGGGGUUUCUUAGUGAGGGAGUGGGGGGGAUUUCUUAGUGAGGGAGUGGGGGGAUUUCUUAGUGAGGGAGUGGGGGGAUUUCUUAGUGAGGGAGUGGGGGGAUUUCUUAGUGAGGGAGCGGGGGGAUUUCUUAGUGAGGGAGUGGGGGGUUUCUUAGUGAGGGAGUGGGGGGUUUCUUAG